GUUUAAAGCAGAUGAGUUUGAUGUUCUGCAGCUUCUCCUUCUAUCAAGUCAGUCCACAAAAAGAUCUACCAGGUGGUCUCAGCUUUCAGACUCCACUGGCUCCAGAUUUGUCAUUACAAAGUUACUGUAAGGCAGCUGCUCGAUGGUCUCAGUCUGCUGAUUCCAGCAAAGCUUUUUCAAACUCAUUUUGUUUCCUGUAGCUUUUUCACUUUUCUGUAAGCAGGAGAUUUAGUCCACAGAAACACAUCAGUUUUCCAGGAAAUUUGGCUGAAACUCGUGGUUUGACCAACCAAACACUUUGUCAGCAGGUGACAGUGAGCUGCUUCUUAGAUCAACCUGAAGGUGGCCUCAUUGGUGCCAGAAAACUGGAUCAGCUGAUCCUUGAAAAGCAACAAGUGCUAAAAUGUGUGUAAUCAUCAUACGUCCUGUUUUCUCCACAGAGUUCAGCAGCAACAGUCAGAUGUUCUCGGUGGUCAGUCUGUCCAGCAGAAUCCAGCAGACCUGGACUCCAUAUUCAUGCAUCUUGAGGAGAACGUUGUCACUUUUGUAAAGAAGGAGCUGAAGAAGUUCCAGAAGCUUCUGAGUCCAGAUUACCCAGAAAGCUUAGAGAGGCAGAGUGAGGAUGAGGAGGUGUUGGAUGGUGAGGAUGAAGAGCAGAGGAGCAGCAGCAGAGACGCAUUUCUGAAGAUCACACUGCACUUCCUGAGGAGAAUGAAGCAGGAGGAGCUGGCUGACCGUCUGCACAGCAGAACUGAUGCUCCAGUUGGUCGACGUCAGCUCCAAUCUGAGCUGAAGAAGAAGUAUGAGUGUGUGUUUGAGGGGAUUGCUAAAGCAGGAAACCCGACCCUCCUGAAUCAGAUCUACACAGAGCUCUACAUCACAGAGGGAGGGACUGCAGAGGUCAAUGAAGAACAUGAGGUCAGACAGAUUGAAACAGCAUCCAGGAAAACCACAAGAGCAGAAACAACAAUCAGACAAGAAGACAUCUUUAAAGCCUCACCUGGAAGAGAUGGACCAAUCAGAACAGUGAUGACAAAGGGAGUGGCUGGCAUUGGGAAAACAGUCUUAACACAGAAGUUCACUCUGGACUGGGCUGAAGACAAAGCCAACCAGGACGUCCACUUCACAUUUCCAUUCACUUUCAGAGAGCUGAAUGUGCUGAGAGAGAAAAAGUUCAGCUUGGUGGAACUUGUUCAUGACUUCUUCACUGAAACCAAAGAAGCAGGAAUCUGCAGGUUUGAAGAGUUCCAGGUUGUGUUCAUCUUUGACGGUCUGGAUGAGUGUCGACUUCCUCUGGACUUCCACAACAAUGAGAUCCUGACUGAUGUCACAGAGUCCACCUCAGUGGAUGUGCUGCUGACAAACCUCAUCAGGGGGAAUCUGCUUCCCUCUGCUCGCCUCUGGAUAACCACACGACCUGCAGCAGCCAAUCAGAUCCCUCCUGAAUGUGUUGACAUGGUGACAGAGGUCAGAGGGUUCACUGACCCACAGAAGGAGGAGUACUUCAGGAAGAGAUCCAGAGAUGAGGAGCAGGCCCGCAGAAUCAUCUCCCACAUCAAGACAUCACGAAGCCUCCACAUCAUGUGCCACAUCCCAGUCUUCUGCUGGAUCACUGCUACAGUUCUGGAGGAUGUGUUGAAGACCAGAGAGGGAGGAGAGCUGCCCAAGACCCUGACUGAGAUGUACAUCCACUUCCUGGUGGUUCAGUCCAAAGUGAAGAACAUCAAGUAUGAUGGAGGGCAUGGGACAGAUCCACAGUGGAGUCCAGACAGCAGGAAGAUGAUUGAGUCUCUGGGAAAACUGGCUUUUGAGCAGCUGCAGAAAGGAAACCUGAUCUUCUAUGAAUCAGACCUGACAGACUGUGGCAUCGAUAUCAGAGCAGCCUCAGUGUACUCAGGAGUGUUCACCCAGAUCUUUAAAGAGGAGAGAGGACUGUACCAGGACAAGGUGUUCUGCUUCAUCCAUCUGAGCGUUCAGGAGUUUCUGGCUGCUCUUCAUGUCCACCAGACAUUCAACAAAUCUGGUGUCAACCUGCUGGUCGAAGAAUCAUCAACAUCAAAGUGCUUUAAACUGUUCAGAAAUGACUCAAAACUAACUCAUCUGUACCAGAGUGCUGUGGAUGAGGCUUUGCAGAGUCCAAAUGGACACCUGGACCUGUUCCUCCGCUUCCUCCUGGGUCUUUCACUUCAGAUCAACCAGACUCUCUUACAAGGUCUGAUGAAACACACAGGAAGUGUCUCACAGACCAAUCAGAAAACAGUCAGGUACAUCAAGAAGAAGAUCAGUGAGAAUCUGUCUCCAGAGAGGAGCAUCAAUCUGUUCCACUGUCUGAAUGAACUGAAUGAUGGUUCUCUGGUGGAGGAGAUCCAACAGUCCCUGAGGUCAGGAAGUCUCUCCACAGAUGAACUGUCUCCUGCUCAGUGGUCAGCUCUGGGCUUCAUCUUACUGUCAUCAGAAGAAGAUCUGGACGUGUUUGACCUGAAGAAAUACUCUGCUUCAGAGGAGGCUCUUCUGAGGCUGCUGCCAGUGGUCAAAGCCUCCAACAAAGCUCUGCUGAGUGGCUGUAAUCUGUCAGAGAGAAGCUGUGAAGCUCUGUCCUCAGUUCUCAGCUCCCAGUCCUCCAGUUUGAGAGAGCUGGACCUGAGUAACAACGACCUGCAGGAUUCAGGAGUGAAGCUGCUGUAUGCUGGACUGAAGAGUCCAAACUGUCAGCUGGAGACUCUCAGGUUGUCAGGCUGUAUGAUCACACAGGAAGGCUGUACUUCUCUGGCCUCAGCUCUGAGAUCCAACCCCUCCCAUCUGAGAGAGCUGGACCUGAGCUACAAUCAUCCAGGAGACUCAGGAGUGGAGCUGCUGUCUGCUGGACUGGAGGAUCCACACUGGAGACUGGACACUCUCAGGGUGGAACAUGGUGGACAGCAGAGGCUGAAACCUGGUGUGAGGAAGUGGGCCUGUGAACUCACAGUGGACACAAACACAGUAAACACAAAACUCAAACUGUCUGACAACAACAGGAAGGUGACAUUUGUGAGAGAGGAGCAGCCUCAUCCUGAUCACCCAGAGAGGUUUGACUAUAGGGCUCAGCUGCUGUGUAGAACUGGUCUGACUGGUCGCUGCUACUGGGAGGUCGAGUGGAGUGGAGGAGUUUCUGUAUCAGUGACUUACAGAAGAAUCAGAAGGAAAGGAGACAGCAAUGACUGUGUGUUUGGAUGGAAUAAUCAGUCCUGGAGUCUGAGCUGCUCUGAUGUUGAUGGUUUCUCUGUCAGUCACAAUAAGAGAAGAACACACCUCCCCUCCUCCUCCUCCUCCUCCUCCUCUGUCCCUGACAGAGUUGCAGUGUAUGUGGACUGUCCUGCUGGCACUCUGUCCUUCUACAGAGUCUCCUCUGACACACUGAUCCACCUCCACACCUUCAACACCACAUUCACUGAACCUCUUUAUGCUGGAUUUGGGUUCUGGUUCUGGUCGUUCGGUUCCUCCUCAGUGUCUCUGUGUUCAGUGUAGGAGGGAGAGUCUCCUCCUGUUAGAGAAACACACACACACACUUUGUGUGAGGCACACUGACUCAUUAUCACAACAAAGUGUUUGAAUUUCGUGUUUUUGCUGACUGCACUGCACACACACAGUUUGAAAUAAGUUGAAAUCCUUUUAAAUCUGUUUUCAUUCAGGUUUUGUCACAAAUAAUCUAAUAAUAUAUAUAAUAUAAUAAGCGUGUUUAUCCAAUAAAAUCAGGUUCCAGACUCUCACAUCAUCUAAAGAUUUUUUCCUGAUCACUUUGAUAUUAAUGUUGAUGUUAUUGGUGUGUAAUUGAUCCUGGGAAGGUUGAAAGCUGUCAGAAAUCCUUCAGAGUCAUUUCCACAGUAAAUCUGUGUAUAUGAAUGGAUGGAGGUGAGUGUCAGUGUUCCAGGGAUAUAAGAAACAUGUUGAUGAGACAUUCUGACACUUCUGUCAAAAAUCAACUCAUAUUGUAAAACAUCAAAAUGUUCAUUUUCAUGCAUUUUGUCUUUCUUCUUCACUUCUGCUGUUUGUCUUAAAUUUGGGCUGAAUGAGACAUUUUUAGCACUACACUUCCCAUCAUUCUUUGGGUGAUGUAACAGGAAGUGUAGUGUUGCAGUGGAGUCAGUCGCUGUGUGUCUGUAGUUGCUCCACUUCCCCUCAGGCCCUGGUACUACAGAACAGCAUCCGUCACACAGAGGCCACUUGGAGAGCAGAGGGAAAGUGGAGGGUGGAGGAGCAGGGAGUCCAAUCCAAUGAACUGGUCCUUGUCCACUCUGAGCCAGCAGAUGGACCAGCAGUUGUCUCCUCGGAGCUUCAGCUGACUGCUGGUACUUUGGAUGAUGUUUUAAUUGUUGUUCUGCUUUGCUGCCAGGUCAGUUUGCACUGCAGGUACUGCAGAUAAUAAAAACACAAAUGAAGACUGAGACAUGA